GCAGCUUUCUUACAGAAAAAGUGAAAGAGAAGGCAAGUGACAAUAUUUGACAGCAAACAAUGUGGCGCAACAAGCAGGGACCUUCCAUCCUACUCUGACCCCUCACCAAACACUACCAAGCCAAGGAGCAACAGCCACUGGCUGUGAAAUGAAAGCCAAACCCCCUUUUUCAUUAUUUCUUUCUUACAAAUCAAGUAAAGAGCACUCUUCACACACUCAUGAAAGCCGCUGAAGCAGGAAUAAUCUCUUGUUGAAUGGGACGGAUUUCGUACCUCUUUUCCAUCUAAAUUUCUUUUUUUUUAUUAAAUUAAAAAAGCGCCUAAAUUCUUUGAUCAUGAAGCGUUUCCUCCAAGCAACCCUCCACCACCACCACCCCUAUCGCUAUCACCAUUAAUCAUUUCCUUCACCUUCCCUUCCCCUCUUUUUAUAUUCUACGUACCGCUUCUUUCAAACCAAGAGUAAGUUUUCCGGUUGCUAAAGAAAAGAAUAUCUUGGCCAAUGCCGGGUCUGUUUUCCGUUAAAACUCCAUCCAAUGCGACGCCAUUGCGGGUUCUCAUAGCCGCAACUGAAAAUGGCGCCGGCGGAACCAGGCGACCCCCAUCUCCGUCCCCUUCGGUUUCACGUACCAAGCCAACGAAAAAGACCCCAGAUAAAUCGGGCAUCGAUGAAUCCUCUCUCGAAAAUCCGGAUCUGGGUCCUUUCCUCCUCAAGCUCGCCCGAGACACUAUCGCUUUCGGUGAUAACCCGAAUAAGGCAUUGGAUUACGCCAUCCGAGCCUCGAAAUCCUUCGAGAGGUGUUCGGGUCCAGGUCUGGAGCUGGCUAUGAGCUUUCACGUCCUGGCGGCCAUAUAUAGUAGCUUGGGGAGGUUUGAGGAAGCGGUUCCGGUUUUGGAGCGGUCCAUUGAUGUGACGGAUGAUGCACUGGCCAAAUUUUCUGGGUGUAUGCAGUUAGGGGACACGUAUUCAAUGAUGGGUCGACUGGACCGGUCCAUUAGGUGCUACGAGUCCGGAUUGAGGAUCCAGAUUGAAGCUCUUGGGGAUUCGGAUCCUAGAGUUGCUGAGACUUGCAGGUAUUUAGCUGAGGCCCAUGUUCAAGCUAUGCAACUUGACGAGGCCGAAAAUCUCUGCAAGAGGACCCUUGAAAUCCACAAGGAGCACAGUGCACCAGCAUCCCCUGAAGAAGCAGCUGACCGCAGGCUUAUGGCUCUUGUUUGUGAAGCCAAGGGAGACUAUGAAUCUGCCCUCGAACACCUCGUCCUCUCCAGCAUGUCAAUGAUUGCUAAUGGUCAAGAAAAUGAAGUGGCUGCCAUUGAUGUUAGUAUUGGCAACAUCUAUUUGUCCCUUGGCAGAUUCGACGAGGCAAUCUUCGCCUACCAGAAGGCACUUACGGUAUUUAAAUCCACGAAAGGGGAAAGCCACCCUUCUGUGGCAUUGGUCUUUAUUCGGCUUGCUGAUCUUUACCACAAGACAGGCAAGCUAAGGGAAUCCAAAUCCUACUGUGAGAAUGCCUUGAGGAUAUAUGCAAAGCCUGUCCCUGGAACUACAUCGGAGGAGAUUGCUAGUGGAUUGACUGAAGUGUCAGCCAUCUAUGAAUCUUUGGAUGAGAUUGAAGAGGCUUUGAGGCUCCUUGAGAAAGCAGUGAAGUUACUGGAGGACACUCCUGGCAACCGAAGCACGAUUGCAGGAAUUGAAGCACAGAUGGGCGUGAUGUUCUACAUGGUUGGGAGGUAUGGGGAUGCUCGAAUCUCUUUCGAAAAUGCCGUGGCAAAGCUCCGUGCUAGUGGGGAGAGUAAAUCAGCCUUCUUUGGAAUCGUAUUGAACCAGAUGGGACUGGCAAGUGUGCAACUUUACAGAAUAGACGAGGCCAUCGAGUUAUUUGAAGAGGCAAGAAAGAUAUUGGAACAGGAAUGCGGCCCAUGUCACUUAGAGACUCUUGGAGUUUAUAGCAACCUUGCUGCCACCUAUGAUGCCAUUGGAAGGGUGGAAGAUGCAAUUGAGAUAUUGGAAUACAUCCUUAAAAUGAGAGAAGAAAAGCUGGGAACAGCAAAUCCGGAUGUAGAUGACGAAAAGAAAAGGCUAGCAGAGCUGCUGAAAGAAGCAGGAAGGACGCGGAACAGAAAAGGAAAAUCACUUGAAAAACUACUUGAUGCCAGAAGUGCCAAGAAGGAGAGUGCAAAGAGGUGGUCAACUUUUGGUUUUAGAACUUGAUUGAACCAAGCAAGCAAGCAUUGCACCUCUACUUAUGUUAUAUUAAAUACUGGAACAAAUAUAUAUUUUCCCCUUUCAAUUUAGUGGACCCUUAAUUUCAUAUAUAUAUAUUCUUUUUCCUGUUUAAGUUUUGAUAGUUGAAUCAAACAUGGAUAGGAAUUGGAUGGAUAA